GUCGCUGCCAGAAAAUUAUCGGAAGAAAAACAAGCCGAAGAAAAAGCAAGAAACCCACUCCGCGAUGGGCUAUGGCAUCCUCGCCGUGGUCAUUGUCCUGUUCGUGCUUCCUCCAGCUCGUCCGCUAGAGGACAGCAUCUGCGACGCCGGCAGCUCCUCCAGCAGCUCAUUUGAGGCGAACCUGAAGCUCCUCGCGGCGGCGCUGCCCUCCAACGCGUCCUCCGCGGCGGCAGGCUUCGCUACCCUCUCCGCCGGCACGGCCUACGCGAUGGCGCUGUGCCGCGGGGACGCCAACGCCUCGUCCUGCGCCGCCUGCGUGGCGGUGGCGUUCCGUGCCGCCGGGGAGAGGUGCCACAACACCACGAGCGUCACCAUGUACGAGGACGACUGCGUCCUCCGCUUCGCCAACCGCCAGUUCUUGGACUUCCUCAAGGCCGAGCAGUGGCAGGUCGGCGAGCUUAGUGGAGCCGUAACUAGAUCGGAAAAUAGGAGAGUUCCGGCAGUCGCGGCUGACUGGUUCAGCGCCGCGGCCACGGCCAUCCUCAGCGCCGUGUCUGCCCGCGCAGUGGCCAGCAGCAAUUCGACCCCCAACGCCAAGAAGUACUUCGCCACGGGUGAGGUUGAGUUCGACCCCAGGAUCUACGUGCUCGCGCAGUGCGUGCCGCUCUUGACGCCGGCGCAGUGCAGCGGCUGUCUCGGGCAGCUCCUGUCGCAGAUUAAAACCCACAUGGGCGCCACACCACCAUGGGUUACAUCACGUGUGGAGUGGUGCGGCCUGAGGUAUGGCGUGUCGCCCUUCUACGAGGGCCAGGCCAUGCUGCAGCUUGAGGCGCCACCUUCGCCGACAUCUGCUACUACCCCAGACACCUUUGGACCAGAGAAGAAAAAGACUAGCGCAGCAGGGAUCUCUGUGGGCGUCGCUUGUUCCCUUGUAUUGAUAUCGAUUCUUUCGGUUUCUGUCUUCAUUCGCUCCAGGAGAAGGAUUAAGGCUACCAAGCGUGACAACCCAUUCAAGAAAAUUUCGAGAGCACAGUGUACCAUCUUUGAUUUGCCUACGCUGGAAGAGGCAACUGACAACUUCUCGCAGAGGAAUAAGCUCGGAGAAGGCGGCUUUGGUGCUGUGUACAAGGGAAUUCUCCCAGAUGGGAAGGAAAUAGCAGUGAAGAAACUUGUGGGGACAGCUGGGCAUGGUUUGCAUCAGCUGCACAAUGAGGUGCUGCUCUUGGCAGAGCUCCAGCACAAGAACCUUGUUCGAUUACACGGCUUCUACUCGCAUCGGGAUGAUACGCUUCUUGUUUAUGAAUACAUCAAGAAUGGGAGCCUUGACAACUUUCUAUCCAAUACUAGAGAUGGACACACACUAGCUUGGGAACAACAGUACAACAUCAUUCUCGGUAUUGCAAAGGGAAUGUUGUAUCUUCACGAGGACUCGAGCAUGAGGAUUAUCCAUCGGGAUCUGAAACCUAACAACAUUCUUCUUGACGAGGACAUGGAUCCGAAAAUUGCUGACUUUGGGUUGGCAAGGCUGCUAGGAGAAGGGCACACGCAUACCAUGACAUCUGGAGCUGCUGGAACGCCAGGCUAUAUGGCUCCCGAGUACGUGUAUCAUCGACGUGUGUCACCCAAGAUUGAUAUUUUCAGCUAUGGUGUAUUGAUCCUGCAAAUCGUUACUAGGAGAAAAGAGUGUUGGUCCGAUGAUAGCAACACUGUGAAUCUCAUCACUGAAGUGUGGAAUCAUUGGAAAAAGGGAACAAUUUCACAAAUGAUGGACCAAAAACUCAACCAACAUACUCGGAACCAACAGCUACGAUGUGUACAUGUCGGGCUGAUGUGUGUCCAACUGAACCCUGACGACAGGCCUGAGAUAUCCACGGCCAUUUUCAUGUUAACCAGGGACAACGUGGAGCUUCAGCCACCGGAAGAACCUGCAUUCUUUUUCGGGAGCUUCAGCCACGGGAGGAACCUGCUAUCUUCUUCCGGAGGUUCAGCUAACUCUAAUUUCAUGUUCGGGGAGGAAAUUUCUGUGAAUGGAGUUACAAUUACAGAGCCGUAUCCUAGGUAAAUCAAUUGUAAGGAUGUGACACGAGAGUAGUGAAGGCAUAAGCCACUUCUUUGGCUCGGAUUUACAGCUACUGAUUAGCUGGUACUGAGUUCAUGAAAUGCUGGAGGGCUUAUCUAAGGUCGAGUUCUUUUCGGUUCCAGCUUCUCAAGAAGCGACCGUAGCUUAGCUGCCAAUAUAAACAGCAGUGAAAAAACUCCCUAAGAAACUGCAAUCCGGUUAUUUUCGCUUU